CUCUUCCUUUUAGACCCCAAAAUUCAAAGAGUGAGGCUGUUGAUGGAAAACAAAACUUGCAUCGGCUGUUGACGCGACAGAUGGGACCACCCAUGCUGUUCCAAUUGAGUUGCAUAUCAGACCUCCUUAGCGUCGCCUCAAUGUGGAUUCAAGCAGACCAAGGCUGCGAACACGUAGUCAAGCUCGACAAGACCACGCCCAAUAACAUGUCCAUAUUUUUAGAAUAAUUGGUAGUUCGCUAUGAGGUGGCCAGUUCAACGUUGCGACCAGACCGCCCUUUGAUCGGGUCUCACACACAACCCGCAUAUCGCCGGGGAGUGAGGGAGAGGGGUUCAAAGUCCGUCUGGUUUCCCUUUCCCUCUUUUUUUCUUUGGUUUUUCGUUUUGUGUAUGCAUCCUGUGCGAUAGACGGGGAAGAGGGGUUUUGGUAAGUCGUCAACUGUGGGUUCAGGGUUUUUUAAGGAGUAUAUCGUUGCAAAGCAAUGCCGUUCUUUCCUCUGCUACUUGUUUUGGCGGGUCUGACUCUGUUCCUUUCGCGACGUCGGUAUAAGGCCAUCGAAGCCGCGAGUGGUGGGAGUCCUCGAAGUCCUCAUGUCGUUGUCAAGGGCCACACGUACUCCGAUAGUGUAGAGGGAAUCGAGCUGCGACCGCUACCGAGUACGAAGAUCGAGAACGUGCGUAGUGCAUGUAUCAUUGGGGCGGGCCAUGUGGGAGCAUUGACUGCCAUCAUCCUGGCGUCGCAGAACCCUCACGUCCAAUUCUGUGUUGUCGAUCGAGAUGCGAGUCUCAUUGAGGCUUGGAAAUCGGAUCGUCCUCCUAUCAUUGAGCCGGGGCUAGAGGAUUUGCUCUUCGAUGAACCUCCCGGGUUUGCGAUGGAGGCAUCCAGCCUCCCGGAAGAAGCGAAGGUGAAUGAUUUGAGCCAAAACAAUGAUGCUGAAAGAACGCGACGACAAAGGAAGUUGGCCAACCUCGCCUUUUCCACCAAUAUCCAUGCGGGAGUGGUUUCCGCAGAUCUAGUCUUUCUUUGUGUGGAAUGUUCUUCAGAUGCAUCGUCGGAGACCAAAGAAGGAAUCAACCUCGCGCCGCUUGAGGCCGCAAUCCAAGCGAUCGCCCAAGUAUCGGCCGGGCACAAGAUCAUCGUGCAGAGAAGCACAGCGCCGUGUGGCAUCGUCCAGCGCAUCAAAAAAGCUCUACGCAAAACCGCAUCCCCAACAGCCACCUUCGACGUCCUAUCGAACCCGGACUUUCUGAUCCCCGGCACGGCCGUCCGCGACCUGCUCUACCCGCCUCGCGUCCUGAUCGGCCACAUCUUCUCCGAGGACAUGUCCGUCGAGGCCAUCACCGCGCUAAAGCGCCUCUACCUGCCCUGGGUUCCCGAAGAGCGACUAAUCACCAUGGACGCCUGGUCGUCCGAGCUGAGCAAGCUCGCGGCCAACGCCUGCCUCGCGCAGCAGAUCAGCAACGUCCAGUCCCUGAGCGCGAUCUGCGAGUCCACCAACGCCAACAUCGCCCAUAUCACCCAGACACUGGGGCUGCCACCACGAGUAGGGCUGGGGUUUGGGGGCGGUACAAACUCCCAUACGGAGAUCCUGUGCCUGAUCCAUCUUGCAAGAGAGCUGGGCUUGCACCCCGUCGCUGAGUAUUGGAGGGCGGUGCUCCAGAUGAACGAGUUCUAUCACAGCCGCACCGCGAAGCGGGUCACGGAGCGGUUCACGGGGGAGCUGAAGGACCAUCGGGUGGCGAUCUUGGGUUUCGCGGGGGGCAAGAAUUGUGCGAUUCGGGAUCGGUCGUCCACGGCAAUAGAGUUGGCGCGCGACUUGGUGAGGAUUGGGGUGCAAGUGACGGUCUUCGAUCCUCGGAUCCCGGGUGAUCAGCUGCGGAGUAUGUUACGUCUUGCGGACGCAUCUCUGGAAGCAGUCACAAUCGUUGACUCGGUCGAUGCGGCUUGCCAGGGUUGCAGUGGGCUGAUACUGCUUACGGAGUAUGACGAGUUCAGCCAUGAGCAGGUGCGAUGGCAGGGCAUUGCUGGGCAGAUGCUGGGUCCGAAGGUGUUUCUGGAUCUCUGUGGAGUGCUUGAUCGGUUCAAGAUGCAGCAGUGGGGGUUUGAUAUGCUCCAGCUUGGGGUGAGGCAGAAGGAUGCUCAUUGACUAUGAUGACUCUGAUGAUGGGACGAUGUAUAGGACAGGAGAUGGCGUACGACUUAUUAGGGACUCUUUUUAAUCGGUGCUCUUUGCGUGUGGAUUCGUUAUGCGGGGGUGGAAGAGGAUGCUGGAUAUAUCAACUACUGUAAUACAUACUAGGGUUUCAUCUGUAGCUAGCUGAAUGUUUUAUACAUAAGGUCCACGCAGAAGUAACCGAAGAAGGAGGAAGGUAUACAACGGCUUAAAAGCUCGUAAUCGAGGCUCGGAUCACG